GCGAGCAGAGCCCAGCCAGGAUGGAGAGGAAAAGGGUCGCCUCAGCUGCCCGCCGCUCCUAUGUCUCCUCCUUCGAGACGGUGUCUGGGGGCCUGAGUCCCGGCCGCCGGCUGGGCCUGGGUCCCGGCUUCCGCCUCUCCCUGGCUCGAAUGCCACCCCCGCUCCCAGCCAGGGUGGACUUCUCCCUCGCCGGGGCCCUCAAUGCUGACUUCAAGGAGACUCGGGCCAGUGAGCGGGCAGAGAUGAUGGAGCUCAACGACCGCUUCGCCAGCUACAUCGAGAAGGUGCGCUUCCUGGAGCAGCAGAACAAGGCCCUGGCCGCGGAGCUGAACCAGCUGCGGGCCAAGGAGCCCACCAAGCUGGCCGACGUCUACCAGGCUGAGCUGCGGGAGCUGCGGCUGCGGCUGGAUCACCUCACUGCCGGCACCGCUCGGCUCGAGGUCGAGAGGGACAAUCUGGCCCAGGACCUGGGCACCCUGAGGCAGAAGCUCCAGGACGAAACCAACCUGAGGCUGGAGGCCGAGAACAACCUUGCCACCUAUCGACAGGAGGCAGAUGAGGCCACCCUGGCCCGGCUGGACCUGGAGAGGAAGAUCGAGUCUCUGGAGGAGGAAAUCCGGUUCCUGAGGAAGGUCCACGAGGAGGAGGUGCGGGAGCUCCAGGAGCAGCUGGCCCGGCAGCAGGUCCACGUGGAGCUGGACGUGGCCAAGCCGGACCUCACGGCGGCCCUGCGAGAGAUCCGCACCCAGUAUGAGGCAGUGGCGUCCAGCAACAUGCACGAGGCAGAGGAGUGGUACCGGUCCAAGUUUGCGGACCUGACAGACGCUGCUGCCCGCAAUGCGGAGCUGCUCCGCCAGGCCAAGCACGAGGCCAAUGACUACCGGCGCCAGCUGCAGGCUCUGACCUGCGACCUGGAGUCCCUACGGGGCACGAACGAGUCCCUGGAGAGGCAGAUGCGGGAGCAGGAGGAGCGCCAUGCGCGGGAGGCCGCGAGUUACCAGGAGGCCCUGGCCCGGCUGGAGGAGGAGGGGCAGACCCUCAAGGACGAGAUGGCGCAUCACCUGCAAGAGUACCAGGACCUGCUCAACAUCAAGCUGGCGCUGGACAUCGAGAUCGCCACCUACAGGAAGCUGCUGGAGGGCGAGGAGAACCGCAUCACCAUUCCCGUGCAGACCUUCUCCAACCUGCAGAUCCGAGGGGGCAAAAGCACCAAAGAAGGGGAAGGUCACAAGGUCACAAGACAUCUCAAAAGCCUCACAGUACAAGUUAUUCCAAUUCAGGCUCACCAGAUUGUAAACGGAGCCCCGCUGGCUCUCGAAACUAGCCUGGACACCAAGUCCACGUCCGAGGGCCACCUCAAAAGGAACAUCGUGGUGAAGACGGUGGAGAUGCGGGAUGGAGAGGUCAUUAAGGAGUCCAAGCAGGAGCACAAGGAUGUGAUGUGAGGCGGCAACCACUUGACGGCUCCUGCCCCAAAGUGGGAGGAGCCUUCAGUAGGAGACAGGAUACUUGCCCCUCCUCCGAUAGCCAACUCCCCCAGACCUGAGUCCCGCCCCCUCACCGCAGCUGCCCCCUCCCUCACUAUGGCUCUCUGCCAGCUUUUGCCCUAGGAUCCAUCAGCACUAGGCUUGACAGGCGGCACCCAGCCCACUCCCAGCCACUCGACCUAACAGGGCACUCGCCCCACGGGGGCAGCCUGGAGGGGCACAGCCAGAGCUUGCGCUAGAAUUAGGAGGGAAGAGAGAAGUUGGGGAGGGCCUGGAGACCUAAUAAAUCACCCUCCAUAUCCUAAUCCCAGUUGCCAUGGCAACUGUUGCCAGCGCUGGAGGUCUCUGGGCUAUCUGGGAAGUGGGUCUUUGAGUUUCCUCGGGCUGCUGGGAGAAAACCGACACUCGGAGACAGGAAGAGGAAGUCCCCGCAGGCGAGGCAGCCCUGGCCCGAGGCUCCUCUUAAUCUAGAGGGACCCUGGCCAGUGUGAGAGUCGGCAGGGGUAUCCUGCCACCUGGAGUCCUCAGCAGACAGAAUUCCUGGCCUGCCCAGAUUCCAGAGGGGCCUCCUGAGCGAUGACUCAAAGUCUCAGCCCCACAGAGCUGCCAUGUGGGCAGGUGGGAGCUCAAUUCUCAGCACUAGGGGAUCUCAGGAGAAGUGAGAGGGAAAAGGUGCUGGGAAAGAGUGAGGGGGGCACUGCCUGGCCCCUAAGUGUCAGUACAGAGAGGUCAAACCCAGGAGGACUUCCCGUAUGUGGCUGUGGUGGCGGGGGGGGGGGGAUGGACAGCAGGUAGAGAUGGUGGAGGUGGCAGUGGGUGGCAGUGGGACGAUGCCAGACAUCAGAGUUGGGGUGGUGGGUGACCAGUCACACUUGGCCUCUGGGUCAUGGGAACCCAGGACGUGACUCAUCCUCUUGAAGAUACUGAAACAGGAGAGAAAGGGGCCGCUGUCCCCAGGGGCAGGGCACACCCUGUCCCAGUUCUGAAGGCCCCUUCCUUGCUGCACGAUCCCUGUCCACCCAAGCCCCUGAGCCCCUGCUGCUGCUGCUGCCCCCCACCCCCAGGAGAGCCUGCUGGGGGAAGCCAGCCUCCUAGCUCUGCCUCUGUGCACCCCACAGUGGCCUAACGCUUUUCCCUAAGCCAAGGACCCUGUGUCCCCUCUUACUCAAAUACAAAGUGUACCCCAGCAUUUUAGGUAGCACUCCGUUCUGUAAUUCUGGAGACAGGCAUGAGCAGAGUGAAGCCCCUAGUCCGUGUUCCUACAGCCUGGUGGGGGGUGGGGGGUGAGAGACACUUUCACCCAGAGCGUCCGCUCUGCUUCCCACGGGAGGACUGGGUGGGGGGGGGGGGCAUGGGAUUAUCUGCACCCAGAAAUGGGACUGCAAGGCCUCACUCCAGGGUCCCCCUCUUCCCUCUAAGGCCGCAGGGAGGGAGAAGUGGGAAUCUCUCCCUCUUCCCAAGGCUUAGUGCCCUUUCCCUGACCCCCCCCCCACCGCCACCCGCUGACGCUAACGCUCGCGGCCCCACUGCUGCCUGUAGGUACCGAGGUUAAUAAAACCACCUGCUGUGUCU